CUUCACCGUAAGCACAUGUAUGGGUGAUAUUUCAAUCGAGACCGUCCAUCUAGACGGCCCGGUUCAUUAAAUGGCACUAAUUGAAAAUGAUACCUAUCUGACAAUCCUAUCCCUUAGCUUUCAUCGUUUCCAAUAACUCAACGUAGAUGGUAUUCCAUCCACAGUAAGGCCCACUAUAUGGAAGGUCUUGAUUGGCAGAUCAUCCUGCCACGUGUGCUGCUGUCACGAACCUUAUUUUUGGACAAUAUUGAUCCAAGAGCCAGCAGAUCCACUACUAUUUCAACGGUCUAUGUUUGCAUUCGCCUCAUAGAUGGAGGCGAGACGCAGCACGUGUGGGAAAUCCCAGCCUUUCAUCACGCAAUCCCCACUCUGAAGAUGCAGUGCCUUGAAAAGCAGGCCCGUAAGAUCAUCAGGUAGGCCACCAGUGUCCAAAACCAAGAAACGAUUAGAGAGAUUGAUCAACGCUCAGAAUUCAAUGUCCAAACCGUGGCUCACAUUACUAUCAGACCGUCUUGAAUUUUCAUAAAUAGCAACUAACCACUCUUGAUACGCCCGAUGAACGGCUCCAAAUAUCACACACGUGUGCCUUGUUGACACGAGCAAUGCGAGUGCACUUGCAUUUCUUGCAUCAGAACCCUAUACUUCCUCCGCCUGUAACAGAUACCUGUAUCUAGGGUUUCAAGUCAGCCUUCCGAAAGAAAAAGCUCGAAAUGAAAUAAUCCCCCCCAAAAAGAAAGGAAAAUCUCAAAUGGUGUUUCUCGUUGCAAACGAGCAUUCCCAUUUCUAUCGUCUUUUUCGGAUUUUCAACACAAGCGUCUGCACCCAAGCUUUCAUCUUUGGAUUCAAUCAGAUUCUCUCGAGAAUUUUCUGUGAGAAUUCUCACAUCCAAACGGGAAAAAGGAAUGGUGACAUCUCGAGUUCUGUGCUUGAAAAUCCGAUGGUGAAUGUUGAGGAACCUUACCAGAUUAGAACCCAAGAUUUUUUUUUGAAAAGGAAGGAUGAUUAUAAGGACAAUAGAGAUCCGCAGGCUGUUUUCAAUGCAUUGGAUGCUAUGCUGAGGGCCACUUUAGAGCAUUUGAAGAAGAUAAGGGAAAGCAUAGUGAUGACUGGGACAUAUAGCUUGGCCACCGCUAAUCCUGGCUUUAUGGAGUGCAGUUCCGAAUCCAACUUAGCUAAACAAGCUGCCCUGAUUAAGAUGUUGUGCGUGGAAGGAAAGGUAGGAGUAGCCGUCCAGCUUCGGAAUGAGAUGCUACAACAAUGUGUCAUUCCAGAUGUGUUUACGUACAACUACCUUAUGAAUGGACUAUGCAAGAUGGGUGACCUGCCAAAGGCAAACUGGCUUUUGAAAGAGAUGCUUGAAGUGGGUGUAUUGCCGAAUUGCAUUACGUAUAAUACUCUGAUUGACGGAUAUUGCCGUUGCAAUAAUGUUGAUGAAGCUCUCAAUCUUGUUUUUUCGAUGGUUAAAACUGGCAUUAGACCCACCAAAGUAACUUGUAAUAUACUCGUUCAUGCCCUUUGCAACAGGGGUCUAUUGGAUGAUGCGAGGAAACUUCUCACAGAAAUAUUAGAAGAGCAUGAGGCCACGAAUCUGAUCACUUCAACCAUACUCAUUGAUGGGUGUUGUAGGAAUGGGGAUAUGGUUCAGGCACUUGAAUUUUGGGAUGAGAUGUCGAGGAAAGGUAUUGAAAUUGAUGUUACUGCAUACAAUGUCAUCAUCAAUGGAUUCUGUUUGGCUCGGGAUAUGAAGCUUGCAUAUGGGUAUUUCUGUGAAAUGUCAAAAAGAGGCUUUCUUCCGGAUGUAGUCACAUAUAACACUCUUAUAAAUGGGUUUUGUAAAGAAGGAAGAUUCGACGAAGCUUGCAAUAUCUUCACGAAGAUGUCUGCUAUGGGUGUUGUAGCCGAUCAGAUUUCAUACAAAAUGCUUAUUCAGAGUCUCUGUCUGCAGGGUUACAUCCUUGAAGCUACUGAUAUUCUACAUAAAAUGUUAGAGGAGUCAAUGGUCCCUGAGCCUCUUAUUUGGAAUGUUGUGAUCAAUGGGUAUGGAAGGUAUGGAGAUUUACACAAUGCUUGCUGGUUUCGAGAUCAGAUGACAGCAUUGGGUGUGAUGCCAAAUGUCUAUACUUACAAUGCAUUAAUUCAUGCGUACGUGAAGGUAGGGAAUUUUGUCGAUGCCCUAUCGGUAAAGCAGGAGAUGCUUUCAAACGGGUUUUCUCCAGAUGUUGUUACCUAUAACUUGUUGAUAGGUGGUGUGUGUAAUUUUGGUCAUAUUCAGUUUGCACUUGAAUUGCAUGAUGAAAUGCUGAAAAGAGGCUAUCAACCCGACAUCUUCACCUAUACCGAGUUGAUUCGAGGUCUUUGCAUGAAGGGGAAAUUGGAGGAAGCUGAAGAGCUUCUUGGGAAGAUGCAAAGAUCGGGCUUGCUUAUUGACCAUGUACCAUUUCAGAUACUCAUUAAGAAGUAUUGCAAGAGGAGAGAGCCAAUAAAGGCAUUUGAGCUCUAUGAGGAAAUGGUGGGGAUGGGGCUUGUAAGCCGUCCUUCUACUUAUUACGCUCUAAUCUCAGAAUUGAGGAAGGGAGGAUUUACACAAGAAGCUAUUCGAGUUUGUGACCAUUGGGAUGAAUUGGUCAUGUAGACGGUUUUUUUUUUUCCCUUCCACAGCGGCCUAUUUUUGCUGUUGCCAUUCUAUAUACGUGGGACCCACAUUUGUUUGCCACAGCAUGCAUUGACAUGACUGUGACCCUUUUUCUUGCUCCUUGAGAGUCCUUGCUUGCACAAGCACGGAUUUAUGUGUGAGUUUCCUGACCCCAAAAGACGGAGCAGGUCUAGCAUAGUCACCUGCAGGAAUGCCCAUGUGUCAUAGAAAGAAAAUGGGGUUUGCAAUCCACUAGUGGGGAUGUUGACAGUGGCAGGUUCGGGCAGCGUUCCAGAAAAUUCGUGCUAAAAAAACUCGUGAGCCCUUUGCAAGAGAUAUCGUUGAUGGCUCUCACGGGAAUGCUGGCAAAAGAACUGAUGUUAAUCCUGAACUGCCAUGACUGAAAAUUUUGAGAUUCUGUUUGCUGUACUUGAUGCAAUGCUGUCUCUAAUCGAAGUGGAAAGUGUCUUUUGCUUACCAAAUUGCGAUUCAAGAUAAUUCUUAACAAAGUAAAUACAGCAACAGUUUGCAUCCAACCCAAAAGGGCCAAAUAUUAUGUAGCUUCGAUUGUCCAAUUUCAGUGAAUUUUGGCGCAUGGGCCACUGUCCACAAUGAGGUCCACUUACACGAGGUUUGGAUUGCUGAAACAUUGGCCCCACUUAUACAAGGAGACUGUUCAUCAGUUCCGUGGGCCAUGCCACACAGUUCGAUGGAGAAGGCAAUUGAGGCAUGGCUUGACUUAUGAUAGUGGAAUACAUCUUCGAUUUGUAACAAUGCUGCGGAUCUUGAUUGAAACUUUCUGGGAAAAUGCUAGAUUGGAGCUGUCCAUCAGGUGGGCCUUAUCUUAUUUGUGUGAUGGCCUAUCAGAAUCAGCCCAUUCAACAGAUCAGAUGCAUGGUGGCUCGCGGGGGCAUUUGAAGAUGUACGGUGGCACGUGGCAUAUGCCCACAUGGUCAUUUUGGAACAUUUGGCACAUUCAGGAGCUUGAAGGUGGGAUGUGGCACGCACUUGUGGAGUACUUGAAAAUUGAGGGUUGAAUUUACGUUUUACAUUAGUAAUUGUAGAAAUAUGUGGCACAAGUGUCACUUAUACCAUACAUGCCUACAAAAAGUUGGUACUUGUUCUUGUACCUUUGGAAAUAUAGGCCAACACCCACCUUAAAUGUGGAUUGCCUUAUCUAGAUAAUUUAAUCUCUACCAUAUAUAAAGAUAAGACAAUUUUACCUAUGUAAUUAGUUUUUAAAUGAGGUAAGGCUUUUCUUUAUUUGAAGACAAGGGAGUAGUUUUAAAGAAAAUGGUAUUUAGGAAUUUAGAAAUGUAUGAUUGGUUUCUAUUAGGAGAAUUGUUUCUACUUUAGUAUAGUAAGAUUGUUGAUACAUGGGCA